UGCCGGCCUUCCUGCUGCAAGGCGCGCGGGCUGAGGCACGGCUUGGCGGGAACGUGAAAAGAGCGUGCGGAACCUCCGGUGUUGGCUGCGGCAACGAGUGGGAGCCCGGGUCCGGCCGCAGCACGCGGAACUGAGCUGAAAGUGGCGGGGCCCGGCGAAGCCGCGAUGAAGCCGAGCAGCGAGGAAGAGGAGGAGACGGUGCGGGGAGUGGGCCCCUGGGACGAGUGCUUCGAAGUGGCGGUGCAGUUGGCGUUGCGAGCGGGACAGAUCAUCAGGAAAGCCCUCGGUGAAGAAAAGCACGUCUCGACCAAAACCUCCGCUGCAGAUCUGGUGACAGAGACAGAUCACCGUGUCGAAGACUUGAUAGUUUCUGAGUUGCGAAAGCGGUUUCCUUCCCACAGCAGGUUCAUUGCAGAAGAGGCCACAGCCUCCGGAGCCAAGUGUGUGCUCACCCCCAGCCCAACCUGGAUCAUCGACCCCAUCGAUGGCACCUGCAACUUCGUGCACAGAUUCCCUACUGUGGCAGUCAGCAUCGGAUUUGCUGUUCACCAGGAGCUGGAAUUCGGAGUGAUUCACCACUGCACAGAGGAGCGGCUGUAUACCGGCAGGAGGGGCCAGGGUGCCUUCUGCAAUGGCCAGCGGCUCCAGGUCUCCAGGGAGACAGAUCUCGCCAAGGCCUUGGUUCUGACAGAAAUUGGGCCCAAACGUGACCCCGAUACUCUGAAAGUUUUCCUGAGCAACAUGGAGCGGCUGCUGCACGCCAAGGCUCAUGGGGUCCGAGUGAUUGGAAGCUCCACCUUGGCGCUCUGCUACCUGGCCUCCGGCGCCGCUGAUGCCUACUAUCAGUUUGGCCUUCACUGCUGGGACCUGGCAGCUGCCACAGUCAUCAUCCGAGAAGCGGGUGGCAUUGUGAUAGACACCUCAGGUGGACCCCUUGACCUCAUGUCCUGCCGAGUCGUGGCUGCUGGCACCAGAGAGAUGGCGGCGCUCAUAGCUCAGUUCUUACAGACUGUUAACUGUGGACGGGAUGAUGAGAAGUGAGGCUCGGAGGCUGGAACCCAGCAGCUCCCUGGGAAAGAGCUGUCCCCGUGGUGAAGGCUCGCCGGGACUCGGUGCUUAGCUGAUCUCUCUAAUCUCAUGUAGCCUUUUUCAGGUCGGUACAAGUUCUUUCAUCGGAGCCAAACCCAGAUCUCUUGUGAGGUGUGCGUGAGUCACACAGUCUUGAUUGUUUUUCCAAAACGUAAAUCUCAGGUAGUAAAGCUUUAGAACUUGCUCUCAGGCCCUCCCCUGCCUGUGGUAAUACAGAAUGCAAUAAAUCAGGAUUACAGCGUCCUGCUCUUUGUUCCCCUCCGGCCUCUGGUUCUCAGGCUUCCUGAAUCCCCACGCUGUGCAGGCAAGUUACUGACGUCACCCCAGCCAUGGCAACAAUGAACACAUUUCCCCAAAUAUCAGUCUCCUGAUCUACAGACUGAAUUUAAUUGUGCAUAUAGAUCAUCUUUAGCCAUUUUUUUUAUACUGCCUUUAGCGGACCUUCAGGGAGUAUAAAAUUAAAAUGAUAUAUAUAGAACCUUUAUUGAAGCCAACAUGUAUUGAAAGGGGGAAAAAUGAGAAACUGAAAAACAAUACUAAAAAAAAUUUUUUUCAUUUUGGUUUUUCAAGACAGGGUUUCUCUGUGUAGCUUUGGAGCCUAUGCUGGAACUCCCUCUGUAGACCAGGCUGGCCUCAGACUCACAGAGGUCCACCUGCCUUUGCCUCCUGAGUACUGGGAUUAAAGGUGUGCACCAACACUGCCUGGCUCAAUAAUAAAAUAUUUUGUGACAAAUAUUUUUUUAAUCUUUUAGGAGUUGCAACUUUUUUAACAAUGGAGUUUGGUUUUGGUUCUUUUGGGCUUUUUUUGUUUGGUUGGUUUUUUUGUUUUGUUUUGUUUUUUGGUGAGGGGGUGGUACUGGGAUAGAAUUCAGGCCCUCCUGCAUGUUAGACAGGCUUCCUACCACUGAGCUACAUUGCAGCUCUAAGCACCAGAAUUCUGGUUCUGACUCUAGACUGUUGCAUGACUGUAGACAUGGCCCAGGUGUCUCUGAAAUAUCUGUAAAAAACCUCAGGGCGGGCUGGAGAGAUGGCUCAGUGGUUAAGAGCAUUGACUGUUCUUCCAGAGGACCUGAGUUCAAUUCCCAGCAACCACAUGGUGGCUCACAACCAUCUGUAAUGAGGUCUGGCGCCCUCUUCUGGCCUACAGGCAUACAUGCAAGCAGAAUAUUGUAUACAUAAUAAAUAAAAUCUUUAAAAAAAAAAAACAAAAAAAAAAACCUCAGGGCAACCAAAACAAAAACCAAAAAAACUCAGGGCGUUUUUCUGUCUUGCGAGCCUGCCAGUUCCAAACAUGCCGUACCGUAGUUGUCGUCAGGGAGAGAGAUAAUGCUUUCCUUUUGUGCUGGGAAAGACCUUGUUCUUUUUUAUCUGUUUGUUGUUGUUGAUUUUUGAAACCGGGUUUUUCUGUGUUGCCCUGGCUGUCCUGGAACUCACUCUGUAGACCAGACUGGCCUCAAACUCACAGAGAUCUUCCUGCCUCUGCCUCCCGAGUGCUGGGAUUAAAGUCACACACCACCAUGCCUGGCACCUUGUUCUUAAUUAGUGGGAAAUUAUUGUACUUCUCUUGUUUGGCUGUAAAGUGAGCACUGUGCCUUUGUCAAGUUCUCUUUCUCUUUGAGGAGAUUGUCGCACGGGACUGCACGGGCAAAAAGCAAAGCUCUCCGUCCUUGGUCCUCUUGGGACAAUCGCCAUGGUCUUUUCUAGUUCACACUCCUAAAUACUUCCAAACUCAGUUCCGCCAUUUUGAGAUGGCUUUUGGAAUUUUUUUGCUUUUUUUCAUCUGCAGAUGCUGUUUUGUUUAUCUGCGUGAUUGUUUCAUACAUGUUCGUUGUAGUAGCACACUUUUUCCACAGGUGAAUUGUGUUUUGUUUCUUUGAGACAGGAUCUCCUGAAUCCCAGGCUGGCCCAGAACUUUCAGCAUAGCCAAGAAUGGCCUUGAACUCCUGAUCUCCAGCCUCCCACCUCCCCGCUGCUGGGAUUACGGUCAUUUGCCACCAUGCCUGGCAAUAAGAUGUUUUCUGAUUACCCUGGCAGGCUCAGAUUUGUGCCAUUUCAUUUUCUCAGCAUAUACUCAGAACAGCACCUAGCACAUGUGCAGAUACAUAAGACAUACCUCCGACUCUUUACUGUGCAUUGUGAUAUGUAGUGCUUAGUUAGGAAGAUCUCUUGGAUUGAAUGAUUAUGGGGUGAUCUUCAAAUAAGUAACUGCAGGAACAGCCGCUCCUCAGGUCUUCAGAGCACUUAAGCUGUGUCUGCAUCUCACUGACACUCAGUAGCUGAGUCUAAACCGACUCUGAGCUGACAUAAUCCUAUUACUCCGAGAGAAACAGAGAGCUCUGAGCAACAGGGAAGCCCCAAGACUGGGCCAGGCAGGAACCAUGCUGGCUCACUUGCUUGUUUGCCCGCUCACUCUCUCCUUGAGGGAUCCGUUAAGAAUGUAGCUGGCCAGAUUCUUCUGUGGUGCUCCAAGUCAAUAAAAUACCCACCCACCCUCCCACACAGGUCAUUUUUAUUUCUGUUCCACAUAGCAUUCAUCUUAUCUGGUGGUCAUCGAGUCCCGGCCUUCAGAAUUCUCACUGGCUUCCACACACUUGCCCCAACAGCAUCUUUAUUUCAACAGCUUUGCUGGUAGCGUCCUGUCACAGCGGUUCUCUUCCUGUGGGUCGCGAUGACCCCUUUGGGGGACCGAAUGGCUUUCACAGUCGGAAAACUCAUAUAGUUUCAUUAUGAUUCAUAACAGUAGCAAAAUUGCAGUUAUGAAGUAGCAACGAAAUAAUUGUAUGGUUGGAGUCACCACAACAUGAGGAACUGUAUUAAAGGGUCACAGCAUUAGGAAGGUUGAGGGCCACUGCUCUCAAGGGUGCUUUGGGCCUGCCUUUUGUCAGCUAGCCAGAUGAUAAAAACCCUGUCGUCCACAGCAGGGGGUCAGUCAGGUGUGGGCCUGUGGUUUGGUUAAUGCUCCCUCAGGAAAGCCGCUGAACCUCCCUUUCCUAGCCUGCCCUUACCGCAGAAGUGUCCAUGGGCAUCCUGGGAAACCAUCAGGUGGAUUUCUGUUUUUUGUUUGUUUGUUUGUUUUGUUUUUACUGAGUUUAUCUCCAACUUUCCUCAACAAGUACAACAUGGUGUUCUGUACAAAUUCUUCCCUGUGGUUCUCAACUAGUUAUCACUGUGGUGUGCUGUUCUGUGAUAUUUUGAUCACAUUCUUAUGCUCCUGAGACCGCCAAUAAAGUUUGCUUUGAA